AAGACACACUUGCAGAUAAUGACGAAGAGUUAGUUAGCACCGAUAGUGCAUCAUUUAUUCGAAAUGUUUUAGGUUCAGAAUUUGAAAUCUAUGAUGGUGAUUUGCCCUUAAUCACCACUCCAAUUGAGAUUGAGAUGGCAGUUGCAGAAAAAGAGUUUUUAAAUGUGAUAGAGGUGGAAGAUAUAAUGAGCGGCUUUCAAGACCAACACUAG